AUGCGGGAGGUGCUGCGCGGCCGCUCGGGCAACCGGCCGCCCCGGGACGGUGGCCCCGGCCCCGCUCCCACCAUGGCGCCGCCGGGCUGCGGCUGGGCCCGCACCCGCGCCGCCCUGGCGCGGCUGGAGGCGGCGCUGCGCUGCUCCCGCUGCGCCAGCGGCCUGCGGGAGCCGGUGUCUCUGGGGCGGUGCGAGCACGUCUUCUGCCUAUCUUGUGUUGGUGACUGCAUUGGCAGAGAAUGCCCAGUGUGCCACAUGCCGGCCUGGGUGCAAGAUGUGCAGAUAAACCGGCAACUAGAUAACAUGAUCCAACUUUGCAGCAAACUGCGGCAUCUGCUGGGUGAGGACACCUCAGAUUCAGCAGAAGAUACAUCUGCACCAAAAAACCCAGACUGUGAAACAAAGAGUAAGAAGGAGCAGGUAAAGAUGUGGUUCAGCCCAAGAAGUAGGAAGAUCAGAUGUGUCCUGAACAAGAGUCAGCCAGCGACUAAAAGCAAUAAUGUUUGUCAAGAUCCAUCUUCAAUUUAUGAUUUCUUUCCUUCUCCACCUCAUGAAGAGCCUUCCAAGCAGGCCAAAAAGCCAACACAGAAACCGAGCAAGAAGAAGAAGAAAAAACGUCUAGCACACAUCAACAAAGUGUGGGGUAUGGAGAAGCUUGAGCAGAAAGGAGCAGUUGAGGAGAAAACCUCCAAUAAGGAAAAGUGUGUGAUUAUUUGCAGUCAACCAGUAGUCUUAGGCACCCCAGAACUAAAGAGCCCUGAGGAGGCACUUCAGCAGGAAUCUGUAAAGGAAACAGACUCCAGCAGAAAUAUGGAAAUAUCCCCACAAGGAAGAUCCUCAGAGAAGAAAGAUACCAAUGAGGUUGCGUGUCCUGAGGUACAAGGCAGCAAGGAAGGAGUUUGUGCUCCAGAGAAACCACUGGCAGUAGAAAAUGAAGUUACGCCUUUAAAACGUGGAAGGGAACAAUUCAGACUUCCAGUUACUUCUCAGUCUAAAAGACCAAGAAGAUCAGAGAGGAAUAUUAUUAGGAAUCCAGGCAGUCAAGAGGCUUACUUAGAGGAGUUACCUCAGGGCUGUCCCAUUUCCCCAGCAGCUGAAAACAGAAGUCCGGUUCAUGUUUCUUCCUCUGUAUCAAAGCUUGCUGGUGACACCUUAAUGAAGACAAGAAGCUCUGCAGUCUCUCAAGAAAUAAAUAGUCCUCCACUUCCAAAAAUUCCCUCUACUCCAUCUACUUCUAAGACUUGUAAUCAAAUAGGAAUACCACACAGUCCUUCUGUGUUGAGGUCCCCUGGUAGUAACACGAUUGCCAGAAGAAAUUACAAAGGAGAGACUUUGCUCCAUGUUGCUUCCAUCAAGGGUGACUUAGCAGCUGUUGAACAGCUAUUGAAAAAUGGAGCUGAUCCUAAUGUUAAGGACAAUGCUGGCUGGACACCAUUGCACGAGGCAUGUAAUCAUGGACACAAAGAGGUGGUGGAGCUGUUGCUACAACACAGAGCGCUAGUGAAUACUACCGGCUAUCAGAAUGACUCCCCACUUCAUGAUGCUGCCAGGAACGGGCACGUGGAUAUAGUUGAACUGCUGCUUUUGCAUGGUGCCUCCCGUGAUGCAAUUAAUAUAUUUGGUUUGCGGCCUGUGGACUAUGCGGAAAGUGAAAAGAUGAAGUCUGUGCUAAUGUUACCAAUGAGGAAUGCAUCUCUUCCAUUUAGCCAAGCCUCUGAGCCAAUGAGCCCUAGCCAGCCAAGGGAGGGGCCUCUUGGAAUACUUGGGAGCAAUCUUAGUUCAGAGCAACAGAAAUUGCUGAACAAGCUAGCAACAAUUCUGAAGUCUCGAAGAUGUACCGAAUUUAACAACGCAGUAACUCAUCUUGUUAUCCCUGAUGUUCCAAUGCCGAGGACUGUCAAUUGCAUGAUGGCUGUUCUGACUGGAUGUUGGGUUCUCAAGUUUGAAUGGGUACAAGCUUGUCUGCAAACCAAGGUUCGAGAACAAGAAGAGAAGUAUGAAAUCCAAGGUGGCCCACAAAGAGGCCGACUCAACAGGGAACAGCUGCUGCCAAAGUUGUUUGAUGGAUGCUACUUCUAUUUUUUGGGAUCUUUCAACCAUCACCAGAAGAGUGAUCUUGUGGAGUUGGUCAAAGCAGCAGGAGGACAAAUUCUGGUUCGACAGCCAAAACCAGACAGCGAUGUGACACAAACAAUCAACACGGUGGCAUACCAUGCAGAACCUUCUUCUGACCAGAGAUUUUGCACGCAGUAUGUCAUCUAUGAUGUGUCUUCUAAACUCAAGCCAGAGAAAAUUCGUCAGGGUAAGGUCUGGAUGGCCCCCUCCAGCUGGCUUAUAGACUGUGUAAUGUCAUUUCAGCUGCUGCCGGUAAAGUGAAUAUCCUUGUAUCAUGAACAAGAUUAAGUGGUGAAUCUUGAACAGUUGAAAAACACUGUUAAACACUGGUCUGUGUUUGGGGAGGGAGAGGGGCAGCAGGGAGAACUAAAGCUCUGAUUCAUCUUUUGCACUUAGGAAUGCAGGAGAGCUUUGAUUACUUCAAAUGAUUUAUGAAGAUAACUAUGUUGGAAUAAAUGAGCUUGCAAUGGAGGAAGGAGGUAAAGAUACUGCAUUGAAAAAUGUGCCUUCAGUUAUUUAGUAAGCUUUAUUUUACAUUUAACUUCACUAUAAUGAUCAGUGACAUACUUUGUAACUAAGACUUUACAGAACGAAACCUCUUACAGCGUUCUUAAUUUUAAACCAGCCCUUCAUAGGCAACAGAGCGUGACCAUGUUUCUCCAGCAUCUAAUGUCUGUUGACAAGAAUCUGUUGUGUGUGUGAAGAUCUCCCAGCCAGGCCAAAAUUCAUAUUUAAAAACAAAGUAAGACCUUAUGCAUUUGAAUGUAAUCAUUUGCCUAUGUAGGUAUCUCUUCUGUUGGACAACACGUUAUAUUCUUUAUAAUGUUUUGCAGCUGAACAUUGUAGGAAGUUCUUGUCAAAGUGUCAUAGGAUGAGCUCAGUGGAAAUUAAGUAGAGCUAGUGGCCUGAAGUCAUAUGACAGUAGAUGUUUUUAAAACCUGUAUCUUUAAAAUCUUAAUCUAAACUUAGUUAUUUGUAGUGAGAGUAAUAAUCCAAAUUCAUUCUCCUUCAUACCUGUAAAUAUAUAAUCUGUAUAAGAUUCUAUUUUCUGGAUGUUUUAAAGCAUCAAAUUCUCUAUAAUCAGAAAUACUACUGUAAGGCGCAGGUGAUUGAUAUCAUGAUUACUUUGGAAAAGAAAUUUAAUGACUGCAAAAAAUAACUAUGCUUCACUUUUUGCACAAUUGUACUGGCUUAUCUGGCUGCAUUGGAGUGAUGUUUGAUUCUUGCAUAUCUGUAAUAAUUUUUAGUUCUUUCAUAAUAAAUUAUUGUCAAACUUGCUCUUUCUCCUCUUCAUAAGAACUGUCUGUUCUUAGGUCAUAUAUUGCCUUGUGUAUUUCCUUGGUUUUGGAACUCGUAAUGUGAAGAUGGGGUCUUGUAAUCGUUAUUACAUUGAGAGUGAUGGUUGUGGGAUAAAACCAAAUUUUUGUGUUCGUGUAUUUGUAGUAGUCUUGUAAUAAAACCUCUGGUGCCAGUCA